AUUUUAAAAAUACUGCCAACAAUAGUUUUACUUCCUUUCUCUCUCUUUGUUGAAUUGCCAUCAAAAGCCUCCGACAACGGCGGAGACGACGGCGAUUGAACUCAGCUAUUUUCAACUCCGCAUUUGAAAUUUCUAAAGCUUGCAACUUUUAGUGACAACGAAUAAUGGGUUUGCUUUGAAGAAGCUAAUCACUGGGUUCUAAACUCUUAUUCUUCUCCCUGAGAUUAUUUUCGUCUCGGGGAAAAUUUUCAGUCAUUACCGGUUUUUGUUGACUAAGGAGACGAGGAACCUGUUGGUCUGUGCUUUGACAUUUGGAGAAGCUCAUGUACGUGUAAUUGUGAAGUCCCAAUUUCUCUCGAUUGGGGGAUUCGAAUUUUGAUUUUAGCAUAUACGAGAUUUGGGUUUUUAGCGAGGACAUUAAGGUCUAGUAUAAGAUUAUGUUUUUGAAAUUGGUCUGGAUUCGGUAGAGAAGCUUCACGAUCUACUUCUUUGGUUCGGAUGAUUUGAGUCUGUGAGCUAGAAUCUCUUAUUCUAAGACUGAUCAUCAAAAAUGCAGAUGGCACAGUUUCUUUCAUUGGUUCGAGGUGAUUCGAUUGAGUCUCCUCGUGAGAUUACCUCGCCCAGUAACCUCAUCAGCGAGUCCGGUUCGAAUGGGUGGCUUAUCCGCUUUUUUGAUUCUUCCUUCUUCUGUGAGUGGAUUGCAGUCAGUUAUUUGUACAAGCACCAGCAUUCGGGUGUGAGAGAUUACUUAUGCAAUAGGAUGUAUACGCUUCCUUUAUCCGGUAUCGAGAGUUAUUUGUUCCAGAUAUGCUACUUGAUGGUGCACAAACCAAGUCCCUCACUUGAUAAGUUUGUGAUAGAUAUCUGUGCAAAGUCACUUAAGAUAGCAUUGAAAGUGCAUUGGUUUUUGUUGGCGGAACUUGAGGAUUCUGAUGAUAAUGAAGGUAUUAGUAGGAUUCAAGAGAAGUGCCAAAUUGCAGCUACUCUGGUGGGUGAGUGGUCGCCUCUUAUGCGGCCACAUAACGAGCCUUCAACUCCAGGGAGCAAGGUCCUUAAUAAGUUUUUGUCAUCAAAACAGAAGCUCUUCUCUUUGACUUUAUCUCCACCCACCCAGAAGUCUUUACUAUUCUCACCUACAUCGGGGAGCAACUUGCAGGAUGAUGGUAGUCAGUUAUCUGCGGACGACAAUAAGAUUUUUAAGAGACUAAUCCCAAGUCCUAAAGUUAGAGAUGCUUUAUUGUUUAGGAAGUCAGCUGACAAAGAAGACGAGGAAUGUGAAAAGGAUGGAUUUUUCAAGAGACUCUUGAGGGACAGCAGAGGUGAGGAUGAUGAACAAAGGUCAAACUCAGAGGGUUUCUUUAAGCGACUUUUGAAAGACAAUAAGUCAGAAGAGGAGGAGAUAUCAAACAAUUCCGAGGGGUUCUUUAAGAGGCUAAGGAGUAGUAAAGGAGAUGAAGAGGAAUUGACAUCGAGUUCAGAUGGAUUCUUUAAGAGAUUGUUACGAGAUAAUAAAGGAGAUGAAGAGGAAUUGGGUGCCAACUCGGAGGGUUUCUUCAAGAAGUUAUUGCGGGAUAGUAAAAAUGAAGACGAGGAGCCAAAUGCAAACACAGAAGGGUUCUUCAAGAAACUUUUUCAUGAGAGCAAGAAUGAGGAUGAUAAAGUUUCUAACGCAGUAGAUGAUGAGGAAAAAGAUGGGUUUCUUAAGAAACUUUUCAAAGAAAAGUUUGAUGAGAAAAGAAAUGGUAACGAGAGGAAUGAGACAGAUGAAACCGUGUAUACUGACGAAACAUCUGGUGAAGAUAACGGAAGGGAGGGAUUUUUCAAAAAAUUGUUUAAAGAGAAGUUUGAAGACAAACCAAACAUUGGCAAAGCCGAUGAUGGGAAUGAAAGCGAGGAUGACGAAUCUUCAGAAUUCUCACUGUUCAGAAGAUUGUUCCGUAGACAUCCAGAAGACGUAAAAACUACUUUACCAAGUGAAAACUGCAGCAAUGGCGGUUUUGUUGAAAGCAGUCCUGGGACAGAAAACUUUUUCCGCAAAUUGUUCAGAGAUCGUGACAGGUCUGUUGAAGAUUCUGAACUUUUUGGCUCAAAGAAAUAUAAGGAGAAGUGUCCAGGUUCACCCAAACCGCAGAAUAAUACUCCAUCUAAAAAGCCCCCUCUACCAAACAAUACUGCAGCACAGUUCAGGAAAGGGUCUUACCACGAGUCUUUAGAGUUUGUACAUGCAUUAUGUGAAACGUCAUAUGAUUUGGUAGACAUUUUUCCCAUUGAAGAUCGGAAGACCGCUCUUCGUGAGUCUAUUGCAGAGAUCAAUUCCCAUUUAGCUCAGGCUGAAACUACUGGAGGAAUCUGUUUUCCAAUGGGGAGAGGAGUUUAUCGUGUUGUUAAUAUUCCUGAAGACGAGUAUGUUCUUUUGAAUUCUAGGGAAAAGGUGCCUUAUAUGAUAUGUGUGGAAGUUUUGAAAGCAGAAACACCCUGUGGUGCUAAAACCACAUCUACUUCCCUUAAGCUUUCUAAAGGAGGCAUUCCACUGGCAAACGGGGAUGCAUUCUUGCACAAGCCACCUCCAUGGGCUUAUCCGCUAUCUACUGCUCAGGAGGUUUACCGUAACAGUGCAGACCGAAUGUCAUUAUCAACUGUUGAAGCAAUUGAUCAAGCAAUGACUCAUAAGUCUGAGGUAAAACUUGUGAAUGCAUGUCUCUCGGUGGAGACGCAUAGUAAUUCAAAUACCAAAUCAGUAAGCAGUGGUGUGACUGGUGUCCUGAGGACUGGUUUGGAAAGUGAUCUUGAGUGGGUCAGGCUGGUGCUGACGGCUGAUCCAGGUCUUAGAAUGGAAAGUAUUACUGAUCCGAAAACCCCACGUCGAAAGGAACAUCGUCGUGUUUCAAGUAUAGUUGCCUACGAGGAAGUAAGGGCUGCUGCAGCGAAGGGAGAGGCACCUCCAGGUCUUCCUCUCAAAGGGGCUGGUCAGGAUUCAUCAGAUGCACAACCAAUGGCCAAUGGUGGCAUGCUGAAAGCAGGUGAUGCCUUAUCUGGUGAAUUUUGGGAGGGGAAGCGACUAAGAAUUCGUAAAGAUUCAAUAUAUGGCAACCUACCAGGUUGGGACUUGCGCUCUAUCAUUGUGAAGAGCGGUGAUGACUGUCGGCAGGAACAUCUUGCGGUUCAACUUAUAUCUCAUUUUUUUGAUAUAUUCCAGGAAGCAGGGCUUCCCCUCUGGUUACGUCCUUAUGAAGUCUUGGUGACAUCUUCAUACACUGCCCUUAUAGAAACAAUUCCAGAUACGGCUUCUAUUCAUUCUAUUAAAAGUAGAUACCCUAACAUCACAAGCCUGCGUGAUUUUUUUGAUGCCAAGUUUAAAGAGAACUCUCCAAGUUUUAAGCUUGCUCAGAGGAAUUUUGUUGAGAGCAUGGCUGGAUAUUCUUUGGUCUGUUACCUUCUGCAGAUAAAAGACCGUCAUAAUGGAAACCUUCUGAUGGAUGAAGAAGGUCACAUUAUACACAUUGAUUUCGGCUUUAUGCUUUCAAAUUCUCCUGGUGGCGUGAACUUUGAGAGUGCCCCAUUUAAGCUAACUCGGGAACUUCUUGAGGUCAUGGAUUCUGAUGCUGAAGGGCUUCCAAGCGAGUUCUUUGACUAUUUCAAGGUGCUAUGCAUUCAAGGAUUCCUAACAUGUCGAAAACACGCAGAACGGAUUAUUCUUCUCGUCGAAAUGUUACAGGAUUCAGGUUUUCCUUGCUUCAAAGGUGGUCCACGCACCAUUCAGAAUCUAAGAAAAAGGUUCCAUUUAAGUUUAACCGAAGAGCAAUGCGUCUCUUUGGUGCUCUCUCUAAUCAGCAGCAGCUUAGAUGCUUGGCGAACUCGACAAUACGAUUACUACCAAAGGGUGUUGAAUGGAAUACGAUGAUGUUAAUUUAAUACAAAAGUUUGAGAUCUCAUCAGUGAAUCAACCUGAUCAGAGACUAAACAGGUAUACUGUGGUUGUGUUGUUCUCCAUGUUCAUUUCAUGUGAAGAACCUUCGACCUUCAAAGAGAUUUUGAGGAAAUCAAUUACACGAAUAGAGAGAGAGAAAGAGAGACACUGUGUGACCAAAAACACUUUUGUACAUAAAGACAAUCUUUUUUACAGCCAAAGCCAAAAGUUAAUUCUUCAUCUUCUUAAACCUUUUUUUUUUUUUCCUUUACCAAUUUCCAUACUGCUUUUUUUUUUUGUAUUUGUGAUGAAAUUGAUGAUGUGAAAAUAAUGAAAUAAAAAAAGUUACCGGUCACGA